AGCGGAAGCGUUGCCGUUUCUACGUUUUCUCUCACAUGCGAUCCAGUCUCUCCGCACGCAGCUCUCCCGCGGGAAUCAUGGCAGUGUAGCGGCUUGCAGCGGCAACAAUCGCAGCGGCAAAUCCGGCAGUGCAGCGGUCAAGUGCACUGGCUCUAUUUGGCAAAAUGGCGUCCCUUGUGGCAACCACCCACAGCUCUGCUGCUGUAGACAGCAUAACCGCACCGUUCACCAGCUCACCUGAACCCCUGUCCCGCACCGCUUCCCCUCUGACCGUCUGCCAUGUCCGUGGUGUCUCAGAUGUGUUUGGAGGAUAUGGGGGCCCUGUUCCUGGGGUCCUCAUCUCUGAUGGCUGACCCCUUUGGGCCCCUUCUGGACGAAGAUGAGGAGAGCGCUCUAUCGGAGGGGUCGUCGUCGCCCCUCUCCUCUUCCUACGCUGAAUCUUCCUCCUCUUUCUCGCCCCUCUCUCCCUCUUGUCCUGCUUCUGUAGGGUUUAAGUCAGAGCUGCUGUCGCUCUCCUGGCCGCCUGCGUCUGCGCUGCUCACCGCGCAAUCGGAGACCGAGCAGAGCAAAGGCGAUGCGUUUUCUGGCAUGGAUUGGAUGACGGAGAAGUUAGACCUGAAUGACUUUGACCUGGAUUCUCUCAUUGGAUCGUGUGAUUCAGAAGAGCCUCCCAGUUCCCCGGAAGAGCUGCUGGCCUGCCUGGACACCGACAUGGAUCUGGACCUGGAUUCGCUCCCGUUCGGCUCGUCGGAGCUGGGUCUGCCGCUUCCUCCUCUGCCCCUUGACCUUCCCCUCCCGGAGGCGGCGGACGGGCCGCAGGAGCCCGUGGAGAUCAAGUCUGAGCCUCCGUCUCCGGCGCAGUCUCCAGAUCCGACCUACACUCUGGAGCUGGGCAGCGAGGUGUCCGUGCUCCAGUCCGCCGAAAUCAUGCUGACUCCGUCCCACAUCGUGCUCCUGUUGGCUCCCAAAGAGGAGGCGAUCGGCGGCGAUUCAUCCGACAGCGACAGCGGGAUCUCCGUCUCCGGAUCGCCGCCUCACAGACCGGAUCCCGAACCCUCGCCGAAGCCCGCGGGCUCCUCCAGAACAAAACCGUACUCCAAACCCGACCCGGACGCCGCGACGGCCGUCACGAGCCGCGUGAAGGCCGCGCCCGGCACUCCCAAAGUGGUGGAGAAGAAACUGAAGAAGAUGGAGCAGAACAAAACGGCAGCGACGCGGUACCGCCAGAAGAAACGCGCCGAGCAGGAGACGCUGAGCUCCGAGUGCUCCGAUCUGGAGAAGAGGAACCGCGAGCUCAAGGAGAAAGCCGAGUCCAUCAGCCGGGAGAUCCAGUACCUGAAAGAUCUCAUGGAGGAAGUUCGGUCCGCGAAAAACCGCAGGAGCAAAGCAAAAGCCCAGGAUGCCGUCAGCUCUGGUUAGGGUUAGAUACUCCCCUCGCCGUCGCCUUCCCCUGUAGUUCACCGGUGUUUCUGAUCCGCUGGAGAUCGUCUGCACUAAACUUGUUCGUCAGUUCAUUCGCUCACAUUCGCUCGAGUUGUUUCACGUCCAGUAAGGGGCUCAUCAUCAGUCAGAGUUGUUACACUGAAUCUGUUGCUGUAGAGCUUGUAAAUAGGCUUCACAUGUGCUAUUUAAACUGGCUCAACAUGCUAAAUCUGUCACGGUGUAGUGUGUUGGCUUGUAAAAUCACUUUGCUGUUUUCUAUUAAAGAUGCUGUCAAACUCA